AUGGCGGUGAACUGGGAGUGGCUCUGCGGGUUAAAUUACUCAUACAUCGAAGAUGACUUCCAUAGCAACACGUGUCUAGUGGAUGGUCUGGUGGCCAUCCCUCACGCCGCCUUCCUCCUCCUAUCAUCGCUCAUUCUUCUCGUCUUGGGAUGCUGCACUAGCUACCGCCGAGUCCACACCAACUAUCUCUUGGUCUAUCCGGGCCACAGCCUGAGAUGGCUGGUAUCCGUCCUCCUUCUUGUCCUGAUUAUUGCCUCCAUCGGUGAAGGUAUUAUGACGGAUGAGACCUACCAGGCCUGGAAGCAGCCCACCCAGCCUCAUCUCUACAUUCACAGCAUUGUGGCCUUCGUAGCUGUUGGUGUUUCUUUGAUUUACUACCAUCACAUGGAGCUGUGGCAGACACCGGCCAUGUCUGUACUGCUGAUGGUUUAUUGGAUCUUCUCACUUAUCUGCGAAGUCGUCCGCAUUCUCAACUUGCAACUUCAAAACGACAUCAACGUACACGUUCUUCUCUUCGACUUAACCAUCAUCAAACUGGCAAUAUACGCCCUGUUCAUCUUUCUAGAAAUGAACGUCAUCAGGACAAAGUUAUGCGGUUACCGGCACGACGACCAAGGACUUCCCAACGACCUCAAACAGCCCGACCUGAAGUGCAUGCACUACAACGUGAACAUCGCCUCUUCGCUGACCUUCUGGUGGGUGAACUGGCUCCUGGCGUUGGGCUACAAGAAGCACCUGGAGUUGAGUGACCUGGGCGUGGUACCAGACCGGCACAAGGCCAAAGCUAACCAUGAUAGGUUCCGUAAUGUGUUCAGGGAGGAAGCGGAAAAGGCACGUAAGGUGGGAAAGCAGGCAUCGCUUUUUAAGAUUUACUGGAAGGUAUACGGCGGACGGAUGCUCCUGGCAGGAGUACUGAAAUUGCUGGGAGAGUCUUUGAACUUCGUCGGGCCCCUUGUUUUGGGCUUGGUAACGGUCUACGUGCAGACCAUCGAAACCCCGGCCAACAAUGCAGAGGCGAUCGCUCCACACAAUGUGAAAGUCGAGGAGUUCUUCCAAAAUGGCUUUGUGCUCGUUAUGGUCAUGUUCUUUGCUGCAUUGGCAAGCUCAGUCUGCCUGCAAACACACUUCUACAUCAGCAUCAUAGAGGGGAUGAAUGUGGGUGCUGCUAUCCAGGCCAUGGUUUACGAGAAGUCGCUGCGCUUGUCCACCGUCGCCAUCUCCAGCGGCGAAAUGCACAUGGGUCAGAUCACCAACCACAUGUCAGUGGACCAAGACUCCAUCCAGUAUAUGUUUCAAAAUAUCAACAUGGCGAUUGCUGCUCCAAUUCAGAUCGUGGUCAAUCUGGUUUUGUUGUACCUCCAGAUGGGACCUUCAGCCCUGAUUGCCGCCAGCGUGUUCCUGGUAGCUACUCCGUGUCAGGUCAAAAUCGCUCAGUUUAUGGGCAAGCAGGAAAAGAAACGGCUGUCAUUCGCCGACAAUCGCCUUUCGAAGACCAACGAGUUACUGCAAGGGAUCAAGCUGCUGAAGCUGUACGCCUGGGAAGGACUGUACUGCAAGGCCAUCGAAGUCAUCAGGGGAAAUGAACUCCAUUACUUGUACAAGAUCGGCGCUGCCUACAUCUGCACACUUGUCUCGACUUUUUCCACACCGGUUUUUGUGACAAUUCUGGGUUUCGGGACGUACAGCGCCCUCACCGGUAAACCGCUCAACCCGGAUGUGACCUUUUCCGCCCUAGCCCUUUUCAACAUGCUCUUUCUGCCGCUGAUAUUCCUGCCGGUUUCCCUUCUGUUUGUCAUCAAUGGCGUCGUCAGCACCGGCCGGGUACAGAAAUUCCUUGCAGGGCCUGAGAUUGCGGAGGUGCCGAACGACAGCAGGGGUCAACGUAGCAUGGGUCAACGUGAGGGGGCGGCUAACAGCGCAAUCCACGACCAGAACCCAGACUUGUUUAGCAACAGCAGUAAUGUAGAGGAAUACAAGGACAGUGCCGACACGGAGAGAUCGUACUUGCUCAGCUCGGAUAAUCGUGGCAGUCGUAGGGGGGAAACUAGCAAGAGCCCACUACAUGACAUCAUCUUUCAUAAGCAUUCGCCCCAGAAAAUGAAACCCAGCGUUGCCAUAAAGAUCUCGAAUGGCAAUUUUCUCUGGGAUCCUGCAACAGACACGCCCGUGCUUUCCAAUAUUAACGUGGAAAUACCGGAAGGAAAACUUACGAUUGUGAUUGGUCAAGUUGGUAGCGGCAAAUCCUCUUUGCUGUCCGCUAUUUUGGGUGAAAUGACAACUGUUUCUGGAUCAGUUCAACUAAGAGAUAGGAACCAGAUAGCUCUGGCUGCCCAGAAGCCAUGGCUGGUUAACGGCACCCUGCUAGACAAUGUUCUGUUCUCACUUCAAUUGGAUACCAAAAGAUACCAUCGCGUGAUUGCCUCCUGCGCCCUGAAGCCUGACAUUGAUAUCUUACCUGCUGGCGAUCAGACAGAGAUUGGGGAGAAAGGAAUCAACCUGAGCGGUGGCCAGAAGCAACGGGUCAGCGUAGCCAGAGCCGUGUAUUCCGGCAGAGACAUCAUUAUUCUGGAUGACCCGCUGUCCGCGUUGGACGUCCACGUUGGCAGCCAACUAUUCAAGGAAGCCAUCAGCAAGUUCCUUCUCGGCCACCGACAGACCGUGGUCUUGGUCACGCACCAGCUGCAGUACCUCAACAGAGCCGAUCUGAUUAUCAAGAUAGAAGACGGUAGGAUAGUCGCCCAGGGCACACUGGACGACAUCAUCACGGCAUACCCGGACAUGUACUCGGAGUACAACCAGGCGGUCAAGCUGGCUACGGAGUCCGAGGCCGAGGCGGAAAUGUCCGGCUACGAGUCGGAAUCGAUGAAGCAGGACCGACUGCUGAUGGAACGGCAGGUCAAGACAGAAGGACACCGAUCCAAAGGUGAUGGAGACGCCGCUGGAACACUGAUGGAGAAGGAAGAGAUUGAACGAGGCACGGUGUCCUACAAGAUCUACAUGUAUUACGGCCAGAUUUUCGGCCCGUUGAUUGCCCUCAUCGCUGCUUGCCUAUCCGGGUUGUACGCGGGCCUCAACAUUGCUGCCAAUUUUAAGCUGUCGGAAUGGUCUGAGUCCGGUCUUGGCAAUAUAACCUACGUCAAUCAGCAAGUCGAGCAAUACCUUGGGAUAUUUGUGGCCUACGAGAUAGGGUACUUGGUAUGCCGGAUACUUACCGUUUCCUGUUUAGUCUGGGGAAUCAUGCGGGCCGCCAAAGGCUUACAUCACAGGUUGUUGCGGAAUAUUAUUAGAGUCCCUCUCAGAUUUUUCGAUACUGUCCCAAUCGGACGUGUCCUGAAUCGAUUCUCCAACGACACCGCACUGAUAGAUGUGAAAAUAUCCCAGACAAUCCUGGUCGUCAUUGCAACCUUUUUGAACGUGGUGUCCUCUGUGGUUGUCAACACGAUCGUCAUGCCGAUCUUCAUCGCAUUCUUUGUCCCCGUUGCCAUUGCAUUCAUUGUCCUGCAAAUGUACUUCUUGGCAUCCUCUAGGGAGUUACAGCGACUGAACAGUACCAGCAAGUCACCCGUCCUCGCCUUCUUCUCUGAAAGCCUCACAGGUCUGACAACGAUUCGGGCUUACAGGGCGGGUGGUCGUUUCUUCAAGGCUCUGAUUGAUCGCAUCAACGGGAACCUGUCGGCCUUCAUGUACCUGCAAAUUGUCAUUCGAUGGGUCUGUAUUCGACUGGAUUUCCUAGGUGCCACGACGGUUCUAAUUGCUGGAAUGGCUACCCUGGUUGGUGCGUUCACCAUGAACCUAUCUUCGAGUCUGGUUGGCUUAGCUUUGACAUACACAUUGCAGAUAGCACAAUUCUUGAACGGCUUGACAAGAAUGGCAGGGGAUUUGGAGAUGCAGAUGAACGGCACUGAACGCGUAAAGUAUUACACGGGCGUCAGUAAUGAACCUUAUGAUGGCGAGGAUCCACCACCGGAGUGGCCGCAAGAAGGCCGUAUCCAGCUGGACCACGUGUCGGUGCGCUACGCCAUCGAUACAGACACUGUGCUGAACGAUAUCACGCUGGAUUUCAAAGCUGGAGAAAAGGUUGGCAUAUGCGGACGGACGGGAGCUGGCAAGUCUUCGCUUACUCUUGCUUUGCUUCGAGUCAUCGAUAUCUGUCAAGGACACAUUUUGAUAGAUGGAGUUGACAUCAAGUCUGUUCCCCUGACUACUCUCCGGAGUAAAAUAAGCAUUAUCCCACAGGAUCCUGUCCUUUUCACCGGAACAAUAAGGAUGAAUUUGAACCCUGUCCCUUCAUCUGACAAAACUGACGAGGAACUUUGGCACGCCCUAGAAAUCUCCCAACUGAAAGAUGUAGUGACUUCGUUAGAGGGCGGGCUUGAUUUCUUGGUGACCGAGGGCGGUGAGAAUUUCAGCGUUGGUCAGCGGCAGCUGUUCUGUCUGGCUCGUGCCUUCCUGCGCAAGUCCCGUAUCCUCAUCAUGGACGAAGCCACCGCCUCUAUGGACCAGGAAACGGAUAACCUCCUUCAAAAGGUUGUAGAGGUAGCCUUUGCUGAGAGAACAGUACUAACAAUAGCGCAUCGCAUCUCGACCAUCCUGAACUCGGACAGCAUUCUGGUACUGGAUGAGGGCAAACUGGCCGAGUACGGGACACCUGAUGAGCUGAUGGCGAUGGAGGACGGGAUCUUUGCUUCGUUUGUCCGGGACAAGGACAAGUAGAUAGACCAUGUCGUGACAUCGUUCGCCUUUGCUUAAUAUGUUUGCUACUUCACAUAGAAGGCCAGCAUUCAGAUGAACAUGUGAGAUUAGUAUGCAAAUAAAUAUCAUGCACAAAAUGUGAUUUGAUUUAAAGCGGUCGUAUUUUUUAGGU